GGUCGCUGCUUUGCUCAAGUUAAACUCUCAGAAUCUGCCAUUACUAACUCGUGUGUGGUUCUGGAUGGACUCCACACAAACGUGGCUAUUGUAUUAUCUGCUAGGGUCACAAUCUGUGCAAUCUUAAGUGUCAGAAAACUAUAAACGGUGCAUAUUUGCUCAUUGGUCAGUCACCGGAAACCGGGUCUCAGUAGUCUCUGCUGGAACACGUGUAUCGGCUAUCUAGCCUGUGCUGAAGUCAGCAGAGAGAAGAUUUCUGGAGACAUGGCCACAGAACAUAUUAAUGGAAAUGGUCCAGAAGAACCAAUGGACACCUCUGCUGCAGUUACCCAUUCUGAGCACUUCCAGACUUUAUUAGAAGCUGGUUUACCACAGAAAGUUGCUGAAAAACUAGAUGAAAUUUUCAUAGCAGGUUUAGUGUCACACAGUGACUUAGAUGAUCGAGCGAUUGACGCCCUGAAAGAAUUCCAGGUGGAAGGUGCUCUACAAGUCCUUUUGCAAUUCAAGGACAGUGACCUCUCACAUGUUCAGAACAAAAGUGCCUUUCUUUGUGGCGUGAUGAAGACGUUCAGACAGAGGGAGAAACAAGGGACCAAAGUGUCAGACACCAAUAAAGGACCAGAUGAAGCCAAAAUCAAAGCUUUGCUGGAGAGGACUGGCUACACACUUGAUGUGACAACCGGUCAGAGGAAGUAUGGAGGUCCACCACCAGAGUCCGCCCACUCAGGGGCACAGCCCACCAUCGGUACAGAGAUAUUUGUAGGCAAAAUCCCCAGAGACCUUUUCGAGGAUGAGCUUGUUCCGCUGUUUGAGAAAGCCGGCCCCAUCUGGGACCUCCGCCUGAUGAUGGAUCCCCUCAGUGGCCUGAACAGAGGCUACGCCUUUGUCACUUUCUGCACUAAAGAAGCUGCACAACAGGCUGUCAAAUUGUGCAACAACAGUGAAAUUCGACCAGGUAAACACAUUGGUGUGUGCAUCUCCGUGGCCAAUAAUAGGCUGUUUGUUGGCUCCAUCCCCAAGAGUAAAACAAAAGAGCAGAUUGUUGAAGAAUUUGCAAAAGUCACAGAGGGUCUAAAUGAUGUCAUAUUGUACCACCAGCCUGAUGACAAGAAGAAGAAUCGGGGCUUCUGCUUCCUGGAGUAUGAAGACCACAAGACGGCAGCUCAGGCCCGCCGCCGCCUGAUGAGCGGCAAGGUGAAGGUGUGGGGCAAUGUGGUCACCGUGGAGUGGGCUGAUCCCAUUGAGGACCCUGACCCAGAGGUCAUGGCGAAGGUCAAGGUGCUGUUUGUGAGGAACUUAGCGAGCACUGUCACGGAGGAGAUACUUGAAAAGACCUUCAGUCAGUUCGGGAAACUGGAGCGGGUGAAAAAAUUGAAAGACUAUGCCUUUAUCCACUUUGAGGAAAGAGAUGGUGCUGUGAAGGCUUUGGCUGAUCUGAAUGGCAAAGACCUUGAGGGAGAGCGCAUUGAAAUCGUCUUCGCCAAACCCCCAGACCAGAAGCGGAAAGAGCGGAAAGCCCAGAGACAAGCUGCCAAAACACAAAUGUAUGAUGAAUAUUAUUACUAUGGGCCGCCACACAUGCCACCACCCACCAGAGGGCGAGGCCGAGGAGGGCGAGGAGGAUAUUCUUACCCCCCUGACUACUACGGCUACGAAGACUAUUAUGAUUACUACGGAUAUGACUACCACAACUACCGGGGCGGCUAUGACGACCCUUACUACGGCUACGACGACUUCCAGGGGUCUGGGAGAGGCCGAGGAGGAAGGGGCGGUGUCCGAGGUAGUGCCACUCAGACCAGGGGCCGUGGAGCCGUCACACCGAGGGGCCGACAGGGCUACUCCCAGCGAGGAGGCCCUGGAACAAGCAGAGCAGGGAAACGUGGCCGAGGGCGGUCCUGACCUGUCACAGCGGAUACUGACUUGAUGUGUGGGGUUACACCGUAAGCUGCAAUGGAUGUUAAAAGAAAAAAAAAGAGCGACAAAAAAGGUCCAAUGAUAUUCCAGCCUUACAGAAGAAGCAUCCCCUCCCCGCCCCUUUUAAAAAAUUUUUUUUAUUUUCUGAAACUGCCACCUUAAAAAAAAAAAACAUGGAUGAUUUAAAAUCACCAUAGCCUAUUUGCCCUACGCCCUGUACCCAGCCUCUGAUAUACAGAGCUACGUACUGCCCUUACAAUCUCCCCCUUCCCUGUCCCUGAACAUGCCAUUUUUAAAUAAUUAUUGAAGAAUUUGCACUUUUUAAGUUUUUAGGUUUGAAGUGGCUCAAAAGAGCUUGAUGCUAUUGUAUAUUUUUGUGCUGAUCGCAAUUUUUAUUGUCGGAAUAUCCAUGUCCAAUCUUAAUCGUUUGAUCUGGAUGUUUGACAGAGAACAUUUGCAGGUUUUAGGGUGUACCCACCUGGCAUGGAUAAGUCAGGCAUUCCAGGAAGUGGUUCUUUUCAGAACUUGUCUUUAAAGGGUUGGUUGACUACCUCAGUACAGAGGACUAAACUACCCGGCCUGUACUGUAAAUAGGGAAACUAUAUUGAUGAAAGCAGGGCUUGUUUUUAAACAAAAUAUGCACAAGAGCUGCAGCGCAAAAGCGAUGUACUUAAUGUAAUAUAGUCAUUUCAGCUGCAGCUCUGACACUGCUAACAGUCAAACUGGGCAUGCAAAACAAUCUCAUAAGAUGAGCCUGAACAAGCCCUGCUUUUAUCCUAUUUUGAACUGAAUUAGCCGCCUUGCUUCUUCAGAGUAUGUAGUUACUGGUUGUAUAGUUUUUCGGAUAAAAUGUUACUUUUGUAAAGGCUUCAAAAUCGGAGGCAUCCAACUGCCUUUGAUUUAAAAAAAAAAUAAAAAACAAAAAUAAAGCCCUGCAGUGUCCCUUUUGUGCCACUGUAUUAUUCCAAUGGGUUUGUUUUUAUAUUGAUACAACACAUUUUCAAACUACAACUGAACAAUGAAAAACAACCUUGUCCAAUACAACAUCUAAAAUCAUGUAAGCUUGAAUGAUCCCUUCCCAGCUCCGAAGACAGCAUCUAUGUUGAAGAUCUUUCAAGAUAAUCUUGAUGGAUGACUGAAUUGCCAUAUUGCCCAACCAGUGAGCAUGUGUGCCUAACAUUAGCUGCCAUGAUAUGGUGAGGGAUCAUAGUCACAUAGUGGUAGAAGGGAUACUGCAGUGAAUGAUUUCUAUUACCGGGUAUAGCAUAAAGGAAACUGCUCUUCAAUCCCAGUUUUCUAUACAGUUAACUCCCUCAAUAAAAUCAUAACAACCACCUUUUGAAAAAAAGAUGUUAGCAGUUUUAAACUAUUGUUGGUGGCCAACAACGUUUUUUGCAUUCCUGCAAAUAAAUUGUUUUAUACUGUAAAAUGGAGGUGAGUGUAACUUAUUUUUGUAAUAAAGUUUUUGAUUUCUA